CUCCCGAGAGGGUAAACGUAUCCGAUUCUGAUAGAUUUUUGGAACAUUAUUUGAAAUUGAAAUUCAAAAUUCGAUUUUGUUUAGUUUCACACAACACAAUGUCAAUAGUUAAAGUUUUGAAAGCGGACAGGUAGUUUUUUAUGUGAAUAUGUAUGGAGUUAAGGAACUGAAGAAAGUUUAAGACUGUGAAAAUAGUGAGUUAGUGAUACGAAAAUGAUAGGGCGCCUGAAGUCGACGUUUUUGCUUAUUUUCUUGCAUUGUUUUGGAGAUGUAACCAGCAUCGGCAACGUCAAGCUGCUAAUAGAGCCAUCUAUCGUGAAACGCAACGGUACUGCAGUGUUGACGUGCUAUCGCGACAUGCAGGGGGCGCCACUAUACACAGCCAAGUGGUACCGAGGGAACCACGAAUUUUACAGAUACACACCCUUAGAAAACCCCAGCACCAGGGUGUUUGGAUUGCCCGGAAUUUUUGUGGAUAUGAACAAUUCUGAUGACAAGAAAGUAGUCCUUCGGAGGCUGGAGCCGAGUCUCGCCGGGAACUUCAGUUGUGAGGUCACCGCUGACAGCACCUUCUCCACCCAGACCGCAACUCAGUUUCUUGACGUCGUUGUGACACCAGAGAGUCAGCCAGUGCUUCAAGCAGAGAAGGAGAAGUACCAGCCGGGAGAGCUGCUGCGGGCCAACUGCACCUCCGCGCCCGCCAAGCCGCCUGCCAACCUCACCAUUUAUAUCAACGAUGAACCGCUGCGUUCAUCCGAGACCACGUUGCACCCGUGGGACGGCGGGCUGUCCUGGGCCAGCGUGGGCGUCGAGCUGAAGGUGUCCCCGGAGCUGUUCCCCGGCGGCCGCCUGCGCCUCACCUGCAAUGCCACCGUGUAUAACGUGUACAACGAGUCCGCCAAGCUGGACUUCUUCACUCCGGAGACUGACCCGCGUCCAGAAAGAAUCACACUCGGCAGCAACGCCACUAGAUGCUUCACCAGCUGGCUUCUGAUCUUCUUCAUGCUUUUCCUGCCCGUUGUGCUGGCCCAAGACUACGGCAUGUUCAACCAAGACGUCUUCAACGAAGCCUAUGACAACAAUUUAGAAGAAAACUACGACGAUAACUUGUACUUAAUAGGAUCGACUCCUAAAAAGCCGCUUCUGUCACUUAUUGGGCAUUAAACUAGGUUAGCGCACA